AUCGUUUUUAAGGGCAGUUGCCAAACAGGUCCCAAAGGACUUGGAAAUUCUACGAAGGAAAUUUGCGGCAUAAGCGUCAAGUUGGGCAAACAUAUGAGGGUAAUUCGGUCAUUUUAAUUGGAUUUCUUCUUCCCCGUGUUUCAUGCCCUCAAGUCGGGUCCGGCGGCUCUGAAUCUCUUUCCUCCCUGUCGCUAUUUUAUCGAAUUUCUGACCAAAACCCGGCCGGGAAGUUGGUAAAUCUCCCACAUUUCAUUUCUGCCGGAGAAAAUUUUCCGGCAGCAAUGGCACAUGCUCUCCAUUUCUCAAUCUCUCUAUCUCCACCACCCCCUCCAUUCCUCUCCAGGAGAUUGAGCUCCAAACCCUAUGCGUGCAGCGCUCGAAGCCCAAUCUCAUCUGUCCAUUCCGUGAGUCCAGUCUCCGAAAAUCGGUUACCUCUAUCGAAAGCUCCUGUACCAGUGGUUCUACAGCCGACGACGGUGGAUUCUGGCGUGAUGCAUCUAGAUGUGGCGAUGGAGGUGGAGCUGAGGGAAAACGGACCCAGGAGCUCGCGGAGGACGAAGCUCGUGUGCACGAUAGGCCCCGCCACAUGCGGCCUCGACGAGCUCGAAGCACUUGCCGCGGGCGGCAUGAACGUUGCGCGUCUCAACAUGUGCCACGGCACGCGUGAGUGGCACCGGACGGUGAUCGAGCGGGUGAGGUGGUUGAAUCAAGUGAAAGGAUUCUCUGUGUCAAUUAUGAUGGACACUGAAGGGAGCGAAGUUCACAUGGGAGAUCUCGGAGGUCUCACAUCAGCCAAGGCCGAGGAUGGAGAUAUCUGGACCUUCAGUGUCAGGGCUUUCAAUUCACACCGCCCAGAGUGCACAAUUAGUGUGAAUUAUGAUGGUUUUGCUGAAGAUGUGAAAGUGGGUGAUGAACUCCUUGUGGAUGGAGGAAUGGUAAGAUUUGAGGUGAUUGACAAGAUUGGUCCAGAUGUCAAGUGCCGCUGUACAGAUUCUGGUUUGCUGUUACCACGUGCAAAUCUUACCUUCUGGAGGAAUGGGAGUCUGGUACAAGCGCGGAAUGCUAUGCUUCCAACAAUAUCCUCAAAGGAUUGGUUGGACAUUGAUUUUGGGAUCGCAGAGGGUGUUGAUUUUAUUGCUGUUUCUUUUGUUAAGUCUGCUGAAGUAAUAAAACAGCUCAAGAGUUAUAUUGCAGGACGAUCUUGUGAAAGUGAUGUUGCUGUCAUUGCAAAGAUUGAGAGCUUUGGCUCUUUGAAGAAUUUGAAAGAGAUCAUUCAGGCAUCAGAUGGGGCUAUGGUAGCCAGAGGAGAUCUUGGUGCCCAGAUACCAUUAGAAGAGGUUCCGUUAAUUCAAGAGAAAAUUAUUCGGCUGUGCAGACAGCUAAAUAAGCCUGUCAUUGUUGCCUCCCAAUUGCUUAAAUCCAUGAUUGAAUAUCCUACACCUACUAGAGCUGAAGUUGCUGAUGUUUCUGAAGCAGUAAAGCAGCAGGCAGAUGGCCUAAUGCUUUCUGGUGAGUCAGCCAUGGGUCAGUACCCUGAGAAGGCUUUAGCUGUGCUAAGAAGUGUCAGUUUGAGAAUUGAGAGGUGGUGGAGAGAGGAGAAGCACAAUGAUAACAUGGAACUCCCAGACAUUGCAUCUACUUCACUGGAAAGUGUUUCAGAGGAGAUAUGCCAUGCAGCUACCAAGAUGGCCAACAAAUUGGAAGCAGAUGCACUUUUUGUGUACACAAAGACCGGGCACAUGGCAUCACUCCUGUCACGUUGUCGACCGGAUUGUCCAGUUUUUGCAUUUACACCUAGUCCAUCUUCACAGAGGCGCUUGAAUCUGCACUGGGGAUUAAUUCCCUUCUGUCUCAGUUUCACCAAUGACAUGGAGAGCAAUCUAGACAGGAGCUUUUCACUGCUGAAAGCAAGAGGUAUGAUCAAGUCUGGUGAUCUUAUCAUUUCAGUUUCUGAUAUGUUGCAGUCUGUUCAAGUGGUAAAUGUCCCCUGAAGAGGAGUAAGCCUCCCCUUAGUUUUGUUAGGGAUUUUUUCUUAUAAACUGCCUCAAUUGCUCCAUCUCUAUUUUUUGGCUUGGAAGUUUUCAUAUGUUCUAAGUCAUAGUGCCCAAUUGUUGGUACCAUUUGGUUUGAAAGCCAAAAUGGUGGUACCAUUUUUUUAUCAUUGAUUCUUGCAAAACUCCUCUCAAAACAAAGUAUGAUCACACUAGUCAUGUAGCUCUCAUCCGAUCAAAAGAAAUAUUGAAUUAUUUUUAUUUUAUUUUUUUAUUUGAA